GGCAGACCCGGAGUCGCCGCGUAAGCGGGGCCGGCUCAGUGCGGUGCGGCAGGCGCGGCUGUGCGGCAGCGGAAGUCCUUUGUUGCAGCGCAGUCCCUGGCAGAGCCGGAGUGUCUCGGCGCAGCCCAGCCGAGCGCCGCGCGCCGUCAACUGCAGCCCCGCGGCCCCGCUGCCUCCGCCCGCCUGCCCCGCGGCCCCGCUGCCCUAAACUCCCGAAAACCUCCGAAGCCGCGCGUCCCGCCGCGCCCGGUCUAAUUAAUAGAAGAUGGCAAGGCCCAGUCACAGCAGCUAUGUCCUCCAGCAGCUAAACAACCAAAGAGAAUGGGGUUUUCUCUGUGACUGCUGCAUUGCCAUCGACGACAUCUACUUCCAAGCCCACAAGGCAGUCUUGGCUGCCUGCAGCUCCUAUUUUAGAAUGUUUUUCAUGAACCAUCAACACAGUACUGCACAGCUGAAUCUCAGCAACAUGAAAAUAAGCGCCGAGUGUUUUGAUCUCAUUCUGCAGUUCAUGUAUUUGGGAAAGAUUAUGACCGCUCCUUCCAGUUUCGAGCAGUUCAAAGUGGCAAUGAACCACCUACAGCUGUACAAUGUCCCUGACUGCUUAGAAGACAUACAGGACGCGGACUGCUCUAGUUCCAAAUGCUCGUCCUCGGCUUCCAGCAAGCAGAACAGCAAGAUGAUUUUUGGGGUAAGAAUGUAUGAAGACACCGUGGCUAGAAAUGGCAGUGAAGCCAACAGGUGGUGUGCAGAGCCCAGUUCAACAGUGAACACACCGCACAAUAGAGAGCCUGAUGAGGAACCAUUACAGUUAGCUCACUUUCCUGAGCCACUGUUUGAUGUGUGCAAAAAAAGUUCCGUGUCCAAAUUAUCGACUCCCAAAGAACGUGUGUCUCGACGCUUUGGACGGAGUUUUACCUGUGAUAGUUGUGGCUUUGGCUUCAGCUGUGAAAAAUUACUAGAUGAACAUGUGCUGACCUGUACUAACAGACAUUCAUACCAAAACACAACAAGAGCUUACCACCGGAUAGUGGAUAUUAGAGAUGGAAAAGAUAGUAACAUCAAAGCUGAACUUGGUGAAAAGGAUUCUUCUAAAACAUUUUCUGCGCAGACAGACAAAUACAGAGAAGACGCCAGCCAGGCGCCUGAUGAUUCAGCUUCGACCACUGGAAGCAGAAAGGGCACAGCGGAGCCUGGACUGGCUGGGGAAGAAAAGGGUAGAGCUGCUGAGACGAAAAGAAUUAUCAUCAAGAUGGAACCAGAAGAUAUUCCUACGGAUGAAAUGAAAGACUUCAACAUUAUUAAAGUUGCUGAUAAGGACUGCAAUGAGUCCACUGACAAUGACGAGUUAGAAGAUGAACCGGAAGAGCCAUUUUAUAGAUACUAUGUUGAGGAAGAUGUCGGCAUUAAAAAGAGUGGUAGGAAAACCCUGAAACCUCGGAUGUCCAUGAGUGUGGAUGAAAGAAGUGGUAUAGAGAGCAUGAGACCCCCUAACAACAGCAGCCCAGUACAGGAGGAUGCAGAAAAUGCGUCCUGUGAGCUGUGCGGACUCACCAUAACUGAGGAGGACCUGUCAUCUCAUUACUUAGCCAAACACAUCGAAAAUAUCUGUGCGUGCGGGAAAUGUGGACAAAUACUCGUCAAGGGCAGACAGCUUCAGGAACACGCUCAGAGAUGUGGAGAACCUCAGGAUCUGACGAUGAAUGGGCUAGGAAAUGCUGACGAGAAGAUGGACAUGGAAGAGAACCCUGAUGAGCAGUCUGAGAUAAGAGACAUGUUUGUUGAAAUGCUAGAUGAUUUCAGGGACAAUCAUUAUCAAAUAAACAGUCUCCAGAAAAAGCAGUUAUUUAAACAUUCCGCUUGUCCUUUUCGGUGUCCCAAUUGUGGCCAGCGUUUUGAAACUGAAAAUUUAGUGGUCGAACAUAUGUCUAGCUGCCUAGACCAGGAUAUGUUUAAGAGUGCCAUCAUGGAAGAAAAUGAGAGAGAUCACAGACGAAAACACUUCUGUAAUCUCUGUGGGAAAGGAUUUUAUCAGCGGUGUCAUUUGAGAGAACACUAUACUGUUCAUACUAAGGAAAAGCAGUUUGUUUGUCAGACAUGUGGGAAGCAGUUCCUAAGGGAGCGGCAGUUGCGUCUGCACAAUGAUAUGCACAAAGGCAUGGCCAGUGGUGAAAUAGGGCCUUCUAAGCCUCUGGAGAAGUGACAGAUGUGGCUCUGGAGAGGACAUGGGGAAGAAUCAUUCUUCAACAGAUAAUCUUUAAGUGCAGACCCAGGAAAUCAGAUCUGACGUGGCGCCAUCUUUUUCUGUCUUCCUGACACACGCCAUCAGCCCCCAAGUUCCAGUUGCAAAGAUCCAAGAGAACUCAGUAAUGAUUCACAUUUGGAAUCACAUUGUUGUAACAAAGCUGAUUCACAGUGACUCUCCUAGUACUUAUGGAAAAUCUGCUCAAGAAAAGUGACUGUAAAAGUCAUGUGAUACCAAUGAUUAAGCUACAGUAAAAUGAAAGUUUACGCCAUGUAUCUCCACGGUUCCCUUCUAGAAUGAAGGGCUUGCUAGGCAACUGUAAAUGCAUUAUAAAAGGAGAUACAUAGUUCCACAAACACAUCAUUCUAAACUUAACCAGUAUUAUAGCUUAUAUACUAUGAGAUGUAGUUAAACAAUUUAAAAGGAUAUUUAAAAAUAUCUGUAGUGUGUAAGUAAAAAGAAAUGGGUACAGAAAAGAAAACCCAAGACCAGUUCUUUAACAAGAUAAUGUAGCUAUUAUGGAAGUGGAACACUAAUCUUCCUUUCUCACUAUGUACCAGUCACACACUUGCUUAUGAAUACCAGUGAAGCUUCUUUCUAAAAGUCUCCUGACAGAGGAGCAUUAUUCAGUCGUGGUAGAUUUCCACAAACCAUACAUUAUUUUCUUCUUCUGAACUUAUCGAUAUGGUCUCAUAAUGUAGAAUAAAUUUUUGUUAAUCUCAGAACUACUAUAUAGUGUCCUGCUCAGCUUCAAGUUUCAAAACAAAAUUAAGUAUUAAAUUAAAUUAAUACGUUUAUAAAAAAAAAACCUUUCUUGAGGUGAGAUUUGGUGAGAUUUGAGCCAGGCUAUGACUAUAAAUGCUUUGCUACACAUACACUCUUUAACCAUAUGAAUCUUAUAACCAUAUUAUUUCCUUAUUGUGGAUAUACUUUUAUUUUUACUUUUUGUUAACUAUGUGACUAAUUCCUUAUUGCUUGUUUUUGUGUGUGUGUGUGAUUUCAAAUGUUUAAAUGCUUACUUUGUUUUUAUGCAAAAUUCUUCAAGUAUUUUAAUAAGUUACACAAAGAAAUCUGUCUGAAGAAAUGGAAAGUGUGGUAGUGCACACCUUUAAUCACAGUACUUGAGAGGAAGAGGCAGGCUGAUCUCUGAGUUCAUGGCUAUCCUAGUCUACAUAAUGAGUUCCAGGCUAGCCAAGGCUAUAUAAUGAGACCUUGUCUAAAAAAAAUACUUUAAUUAAAAAAAGAAGCCAGGCGGUGGUGGCACACGCCUUUAAUCCCAGCACUCAGGAGGCAGAGCCAGGCAUAUCUCUGAGUUCAAGGCCAGCCUGGUCUACAGAGCGAGAUCCAGGACAGGCACCAAAACUACACAGAGAAACCCUGUC